UAAAUUAAAUGGCAUGCAACGUUUAUGUGAAGCCUAGCCACAGAAUUCUUAGAUGAAUGCACAGCACUAGAUGUCGCUAUUAACCAAGUUAUUGAGUGUGGCGUCAUGAGAAAGUUCUCUACAUGGGCCCCUAACAAAUUUAUUUUUAUUUACCUUGCAGAAAGAUUAAUAAUCCUGUAAUUUAAAAUGCUUGGCAUGUGUAUCUUUUUUAAUAUCCGUUUGUCCUUCAGGCCUGGUGUGUAUUAUGGGUGGCAUGAUCAUGCAUGCCUCCAACUUGUAUUACAAUGCUUAAAUAAAUAUAUUGUUCUGCAGGUACAAUGUUUGCUGUUGAGCAGUCUACCCGUCAUGUAUGUAGCCUAUUUAUCCAUCAUGACAUAAAAAAACAAUCUUGCAAUUUGUCCGUGUUGUCUGGUAAAUGUAAUUGGUAGGCUUACUGAGACACAAAGUGUGCAAUGCGUUUCUGUUUAUGAACUCUGCUAUUGCGGACCCCCACACGUAUGCGAAAUGGACAGUAGGCACCUACUUUUCUCCGCGCAACGAUUGGUCAGCCAUUACCAUCUGUAGCCAAUCGGCACAAUGUUGCUAUGCUGUAAUGUUACAUUGAUUGGUUCCCUUGACUGUCAGUCUGCCUCAGACGGGUACUGUCUUUGCGCAAUAACAUCAACUCAAGCGGUGCGCUCAGUAUCAGAUGGACCUCCUUCGUUACUUAUUGAGCAUUGAAGUCAACUCGUAGAAGCAAACCUUAACCCUCUAAACUGAAUGAGAAGGAUUUGCCACAUAAAGAUGUGAUCGGCAAAGCACUAGAGGCGACGAUUGAAUUUUCUCUAUCCAAAGGUAACCAUGGUUGACAGAGGAAGAACAAUGAUUCCAAGCACCACCCUCCUUUUGAAGCUUCCAGUCUGUCAUUCGAACUCAAUCAGCAUGACAGAGUGAUCUCCAGCCUUGCCGUCGUCAACACUCACACGAGAGAAUCACUGAUGACAUGAUGUCAGCUGGUCCUUUUGUGGCAGGGCUGAAAUGCAGUGGAAAGGUUUAUUUGGGGAUCCAGUUAAUUUGCAUGGCAAAUAUGGACUUUGCAAUGAAUUGCAAUUCAUCUGAUCACUCAUCUGUCAUAACAUUCUGGAGUAUAUGCAAAUUGCCGUCAUACAAACUGAGGCAGCAGACUGUGAAAAUUAAUAUUUGUGUCAUUCUCAACUUUUGGCCACAACUGUACAUUUGCUAAAAGUGCAUCACAACCUCAGAAAAGGUGCCAGGGUAUUCAUGCCUUUCUUUCCAUCCAUUCAAUGCCAUUAAAAUCCUUAAGAGUGCAGCAUUUCAUGACUCCAGUCACUGUUAAUGGACAGGGUCACUAUAUUGGCAUUGCUGCCUUGCCUAGCUUGAAGUAGCUUUAUUUGUUGUAUUGAACCGAUUUUCAUAUUUUGCGCAUGCGUAUUGCCUAAACAUGUUUUGUGGGUAUUGCCUGGAGUAAGCUGUGCACAUUUGUGCGUGUCUAUAUAAUUUGGCUCUCAGAUCUCUUGAAAUUAACAAAGCUAGCUAGCAAAACAACCUGACAAAAGGACACUAACGUUACUAUACUGUACAAACAAUUUUCGAAGUUGGAAUAAUGUACAUUUUGGAGGGUUCGAAGAGUGGAAGUCAACUAUAAUGAAAGUUAAGAUGAGGCAAAGGCAGCAUAAAGCAUACAAGAUGUGACUUUAUUCAUGACAGGCAUGGCAACCACCAUCUCCCUCACUGCUAGCUGUUGGGCAGGCGAAGAGAACUGGACUGUCCACCACUGGCGGCGCCAUUCCAGCCAUAAUAAUGGCCGAAACAGAGCAAACAGAAUGGCAUCAAACACCUGGAAACCAUGUAUUUGAUACCAUUCCGCUCCACUCAUGAACACAAGCCUGUUCUCCCCAAUUAAGGUGCCACCAACCUCCUGUGCUGUCCACUUGUCUGAAACAUCAUUACCAAUUAAUACCUUUUAGCUGGGUUUUACACCUCUUGGACAUUUACUUUUGCUUUGUGGACGGUUUGGGAAUGGAGCUUCUCCCGCCACUUAAUGCGGGCCAGAGCCUUGGCUUCUACAAGAUAGAUGCAACUCACUACACUACAACCAUUCUACAUGUGUGGCUGCAUGGCAACGCACACGCACGGGAGGAUUCAGCCCGUCAGAGAGCAUGAUCCCCUAAUGGAUGGAGCUGCCUGUGUGCUGUGUGGGAGAAGAACUGUGCUACCAGCUACUGUUUGUGUGUGACUUUUUGUGUCAGUGUGAAAAUAAAACCGAAUGAGGCCUUGCGGAUGCGUCUCCAAUCCCUCAUGACUGUGGGGCCUGCUGUGUGCAUGCAGAAUAACAUUCUGCUGAAACUUCUACAACACUGUCACACAGAGGUUCACCAGACGGAUGGACUUAAUUUACAAGAAAAGUUACAGUCUUGUCCCAUCGCUGCAACUCCUGUACGGACCCUGGAGAGGAGAAGGUCAAGAGCCAUGCGUCCUCCGAAACACGACCCUGCCAAGCUGUACAGCUUCUUGACACACUGCUCGCUUAAUCAGGAAGCCAGUGGCAUCAAUGUGUCAGAGGAAACGCUGUACAACUGGCGACCGAAGUGUGUGCCUCCCGCCCCCACGCCCCACCACGGCCCUCACCUGUGUGUUGCGGUGCUUCCCCUGCGAACCGUCCUGGGCUGGAAGCCCUUUCUUGCACCGCCCCCCCACCCCACCCAGCAACAGCAACGCCGUUGCCCCUGCAACUACCACCGUCUCCCAGGCAACUAUCAUCAUGACGCGCUCCAAGACCUUCCAGGCCUACCUGCCCAACUGUCACCGCACCUACAGCUGCAUCCACUGUCGAGCACACCUGGCCAACCAUGACGAGCUCAUCUCCAAGUCUUUCCAAGGAAGUCAAGGCCGAGCGUACCUGUUCAACUCAGUGGUGAACGUGGGGUGUGGACUAGCAGAAGAGAGGGUUCUGUUGACAGGGCUUCAUGCGGUUGCUGAUAUCUACUGUGAAAACUGUAAAACCACACUGGGCUGGAAAUACGAGCAUGCCUUUGAGAGCAGUCAGAAGUACAAGGAGGGGAAGUUCAUUAUCGAACUCGCCCACAUGAUCAAGGACAAUGGCUGGGACUGAGUGGGCAGACCUAGAGUGUUGGAGAGGCGUGGCUUAGCUGUAGGGCACAGCUCAGUGUUGGACUCACCAAUAAGGUUUACUGCUAGCUCAUCCACGUGACCCUAUCCACCUGACAUGCAGUUCAUGUACCCCCACAAUACAUAGGUGUAAGGGCGUGUUUGUGCUUGUGUGUUUACAAGAAUGAUAAAUCAUUUCCAGUGUACAGAAUAUACAGAACUGCACACACAGUGGCUCAGAGACAUGUUUGUAUUCACACUGCAUGUUGAUGCUUGUCCCAGGCCUCAGGGUGGACAGGAGACCACAGGCUAAGUGUUAUAGGUCAUAGGUAAUGGUCUAUCUGGGGGGUGAAUGAGAUGGACAAUGAACAUCGUACUGGACAGACAAGGAUGUUCCCCCAAGACCCACCAACACUACAAUGAGGUUGUUGUUGUUGUUUUUUUUAACCUACGAUCACCCUCACUGCCCUAUGUGGAUCCUUCCACCUUCACACACACAUGGAAGACACAAACCACCCAAACAAUCAACCAGAAUCACCAGACUUCUUGUAGCCUGAAAUCGUCCAAAACUCCCUUUGAGGGAUUGAAACUGAAUGUCAGAAAACUGCUUGACUGUUCAUCUUUGUUUUUUUAUUUAUUCGAGCAUGAGUUUAAGGUAUUGAUUUAUUUAUGAAUUUAUUUGGUGUUUGGGGACAAUCUCCCCUUCUACUCCCUUUGUUCAAAGGUAGCAGCUUUUUAGUUCCUCCCUCACCCCUCAAUUCCAAUCAAUGGUAGCAAUCUUAAAAAUGAGGUGUCACUCAAGUUGUCGUCCUUUUGCCUUUCUGAGUGUGCUGUUACCACCCUCUGUCAAUGUUUCAGUAAUGGUGAUGUGUACAAUGAACAGUGUCGGAGUGCAAGAGGUUUUCAUGUCACCGUGGAAAAGAGACGGCACCCUUAGCUCUUUUCGGUUUCAAAAUAAUGCUCAAAGCUGGCAUUAUAACGGUGACACAAACUGAUGAUGAAAUGAGGCAAGUGGAGUGCCUUGUGUCUCGACACUGAUCUAAAGUUAGUGUUGUGUUUCCCUCCUAUUGGUUGAGGUGAAGAUAUGGAGAGGGUUACCUGAUUCUAGAUCUAUUUCUAUAGCUAAUUCUGGAGCUUCACAGAUUGAUGUUUGUGAACUGGUAGUUCUCUGUUUACCUGGUUCUGCCUCCUCCACUGCCUCCUCGCUUAUUUGUUUUGCUGAUUUUACGAGAUUAGAGAAAAUACCAACAGUUAAAAUUAACUUUCUACAGUCUGGAACAGGAGAACCAAUUGAAAUUCAACAGAAUGUGACUGACAGUGGAAAUACCCAAUCAGAGGGUGUCACACAUCCCAGCACAACAACCAAAGGCUCUCCCAUCAACAAUACAUUAACCAAACAAUGGACCUGCCUAGAUUGCUUGUAUCAGGAAGUUGCAGAAUGAAAGAUUGUGAUUGGCCCAGAGCCACUGUCGAACCCUGGGCUUUCUCUGUGAGAUAAUGCAUUGUUUGGUUGAGACAAUUACAAUGUUAAUACUUGUAUAUUCACUAUGAACAUAAGCAUUAUUAUUAUAUAACGAUAAACUGUAUUACACCAUGUAAAUAGCCAUAUUCAAUGUUUUAUUUAUUUAUUCAAUUGAUGAUUAUGUAUGCUCUGCUGUCUGUCUUGGGACACCUUGUGGGACAGUUAGAUUUCCUACUUUUUUACUAUUUGAAAAUGUAUUUUUCGUGUGUCUUUUGUAAAUGAAGGAAAGUUAAUGGCAAUAUAUGGGACUCAAUAAAGAUUCUUAUUUGAUUGA